CACCCAGGUCUAUAGCUUCAGCGUGCUGCUUUUGGACCCCAGGGGACCCCGUACCCAGUGGCCACCGGUGCCCCAUAUUUCCUGCAGGGGAGAUCCGGGGGGGAAGGAGCGCUGUGGUGCCGGGCAACCCCUCGUUUCUCCAAGCUGGUCUCUUUUAAAAUGGAUGAUGGACCCUGGGUUUGAUCUUUUGGUUUUUGCUGUCGAUUGGCAUUCCUUUCCCUCCUUUUUCGGUUGGUUUCCUGUUUGCGUCCUGCGGCGGCGACGACCCCUCUGGAUUUAGAAACCGGGAUUUUGUUUGGAAGCCUCGGAAAUAGCUCGCCGGGCGGACCUUGCGUCCUUCUUUGCUUCCUUUUUUGGGAUUGAGUGUGGUGAACCUUCACCAAGCUGAUGGAAGCCAAUGGACUUAACCCAGCAGAAGACUUCUGGGUCUGGCCGCUGAGGAACUAAAGGCUCUUGGAGCUGUGCCUUCUCCCCUUCCACCUCUCCCUCUUUCUCCAUCACAUCCAUCUCUGGCUCCCCAACAAUAUGAUCCCAGCCUGGUGUGGUUUCCAGAGUUUCCUACUCCAGCUUUCCAACCAUCCAAGGUGGAGCUGUUACAGAGGAUCUCGUUGGCAAAUCCUUCUCGUUUGGCUCUUGUUACUUUGUUUGCCCAGCUGUGUACACUUGGCUACCUUCAGGGUGGGAGUGGUGGGCCCGUGGAAUUGUAACUUCAUCUAUGCCCAGGCCUACCCGGAGGUAGCGGCCAAGUUGGCUGUAGCCCGCAUCAACAAAGACUCAACUGUGAACCAGGUUUACUGGUUUGACUAUGUCCUUCUCAACGAAGAGUGCCAGACGUCUCAGGCCCUGUUGGGCUUUGUGAAUCUAGAACGCUACGCCUCAGGCUUUAUAGGCCCGGUCAACCCUGCCAUCUGCGAGGCAGCUGGUUGGCUGGGCCGAGCUUGGAACAAGGCCAUCUUCUCUUGGUCUUGCUUGAGUGACGAUGCUGCGGUAGAGCGUUAUGGUACCUUUGCCCGGGCGUUGCCACAGAGCGCAGCUGUGAUCUACACUGUUCUCCAGCACUUCCAGUGGGCUCACGUUGCCAUCAUAACCUCCGAGCAGCACCUCUGGGUGGAGGUAGGAGAAGCCCUGGCCUACGCGUUGCGUAACUUUGGCCUCCCCGUCGGCGUGGUGACCACGAUGGAGAAUGAACCUGAUGGGGCCAAGAAUGCCCUCUGCAAGAUACAAAACGCCGACAAUAUACGAGUCAUCGUCAUGUGUAUGCACUCUGCCCUGCUGGGGGGCCAGGAGGAGACACACCUGCUGGAAAAGGCCGAAGAGCUGGACAUGAUCGACGGGACUUAUGUCUUCCUCCCCUACGAUGCGCUGACUUACAGCAUGCCCUAUCAACAGGAGACUUACACCAUCCUCAGCGAAAAUAGCAAACUGCGCCGAGCCUACGAUGCCGUGCUCACACUAACCAUUGACUCCCCGGAAGUCUCCUUCCGGCAGGCCUUCCGGGAAGCUCAGGAGAAGAGGGAAAUCCCUGUCCACAUCAAUGCUGACCAGGUACACCCGCUGUUUGGUACCAUCUUCAACUCCAUCUACUUCCUGGCCAAGGCGGUGGACAACACUCAGAAGUCCGGGAAGUGGGUCAUGGGCUCCACCGUCUCCAAGUACACCAAGGACUUUGAGCUUCAAGGUUUUAGCCAGACGCUGGCAGCCGACGAAUACGGGGAAGCUGUGCUCCCCUACAUCAUCUUGGACACGGACGGCAAGGGAAACCGCCUCUGGCCCACGUACAGCGUAGACGUGGCUGCCGGCACCCUGCGGCAUUCUGGGCACACCGUUCAUUGGCCUCACAGUUCCAUGCCUGACGAAGACUCCAGCUGUUGGUUCGAUUCCUCUUACAUCUGCUCUGGGGGAUUGGAUGCCAGUUACAUCGUCCUCCUGUUCGUUUUGGUUGGUUUGCUAGUCAUGCUUGGAGUUUGUCUCGCUCUGUAUAUCAGGCGCUACAUUCAACACGCCCAGCUAAUGAAGGGACCCAAUAAGAUGAUCCUCACGAUGGACGACUUGACUUUCAUUAAUACACAGAGCAGCAAGAAGAAAAUGGACGAUAGUCACUCCAGUGUAGGAGGAAAGAGCACCGUAGACCUGAAGAGCGUCAAGAGCAUUGCAGCUAACGCGGAGAACAGCAACGUUGCAGUGAUGGAGGCCGAGGAGAAGCAAAAAGCCACCAGCCAAGUUCCUUUGCUCCUCCUUUUGUUUAACAGCCAAGGCAUUGUAGCCGCCGUGCAGGGUGACUGGGUGUGGCUAGAAGAAAUUCCCGGAGAUACAAACACACCCGAAAUCAGACCUGCCACCACCAAAACAGUUUUUGCAAGCUCCAGGAUCUACUUUUUUGACACGAAAACGCUCAACCUUUUUUCUUGGGCUUCUCUUUCCAGGGCUGGGAUCUUUGCUAUAGUCUCUCGAGCACUGUUCUCACUGCUCCAGGAAAGCCCUCGAAGACUUUCAUCUUUACUUGAGGACAUGAAGUUGGACUGGAAUGUUUCCAGAGUCAUCUUUGCUAAGCUGGACCUCGUCAAGGGGAUGAAAUACCUGCACCACAGAGAAGUUGUCCACGGGCGGCUGAAGUCUCGGAACUGCGUGGUGGACGGCCGCUUCGUUCUGAAGGUCACGGACCACGGCUACAACCAGCUGCUCGAGUCACAGAAGAUCUCCCGAGAAAUACCAAAAGCCAAAGACCGGUUCUGGACGGCCCCGGAGCUGCUGCGGGAUUCGUCGUUGGAACGGAAAGGCACGUUUAAGGGAGAUGUCUACAGCAUCUCGAUAAUUAUGCAAGAAGUCAUCUGCCGCUCCUCUCCCUACUGCAUGCUGGACAUGGCUGCCGAAGACAUCAUCCACAAAGUGGAGAAGCCGCCGCCGCUUUGCCGACCCUCCGUGUCAGUGGACCAGGCCCCGAUGGAGUGCAUACAGCUGAUGGCUGGUGCUGGGCCGGGCAGCCGGGCGGCCGUUUAUCGGCCAGAUUUUGACCAGGUCGGUGGCCAUGGCUGUGGUGUCAACCUGGGUCAGGAUAAGACAAACAUCAUCGACUCCAUGCUGCGCAUGUUGGAGCAGUACUCCAGCAACUUGGAGGAUUUGAUCCGGGAGAGAACGGAAGAGUUGGAAAUUGAGAAGCAGAAAACGGACAAGUUGCUGACGCAAAUGCUUCCCCCGUCAGUGGCGGAGGCCCUGAAGACGGGGGCCCCGGUGGAGCCAGAGUAUUUCGAAGAGGUGACCCUCUAUUUCAGCGAUAUCGUGGGCUUCACCACCAUCUCGGCCAUGAGCGAGCCCAUCGAGGUGGUCGACCUUCUCAAUGACCUUUACACCCUCUUUGAUGCCAUCAUUGGCUCCCACGAUGUCUAUAAGGUGGAGACCAUCGGCGAUGCCUACAUGGUGGCGUCGGGGCUGCCCAAACGCAAUGAGAACCGGCACGCGGCUGAGAUCUCCAACAUGUCGCUGGACAUCCUCUGUGCCGUCGGGAGCUUCAGGAUGCGGCACAUACCAGACCUGCCCGUCCGGAUUCGCAUCGGCCUCCACUCGGGGCCGUGUGUGGCCGGUGUGGUGGGGCUGACUAUGCCACGAUAUUGUCUGUUUGGGGAUACGGUCAACACAGCCUCCCGGAUGGAGUCCACAGGCCUGCCUUAUAGAAUCCAUGUCAACAUACGUACAGUACAGAUUUUGCAGUCGCUCAAAGAAGGCUACAAACUGGAGCUCCGGGGCAAAACAGAGCUCAAGGGAAAAGGUGUGGAAGACACAUAUUGGUUGAUAGGCCGAGAUGGAUUUAAUAAACCCAUACCCACGCCUCCUGAUUUGCUGGGAUUGAAAAGUUCCCACGGUAUUAACAUGGAGGAGAUUCCAGAAGACAGGAAGAAGAAGCUGCAGAAAGCGCGACCGGGGCAGACAUUCUAGCCCAAGAGGGACUGUAUCACGUGAGGCCAGGAUGAGGCAGAGUGCAGACAACAGCUGAUACUGGCGGCCUUCUGGAGCGUUCUGACCCAUCCUGGAGAAGCCCUUCAUGCGCAGAGGAGGCCGGUGGACGGAAGGGAGCUUGUGGAAAGAAGGUGGAUCAGGACCGGCUGCUUGCGCUGCUCCAGCCUCCUUCGCCCACCGCCACCGUGCACGAAUCAAAGCGGGCUCAAACUUUUCUGCCGCUCUUUUUUUGGUUCUGGUGUAUGACGAUGGAACUUCUCACCGCUCACUGUCCAAGCAACCAAAGAAAGAAAGAAAGAAAGAAAGAAAGAAAGAAAGAAAGAAAGAAAGAAAGAAAGAAAGAAAGAAAGAAAGAAAGAAAGAAAGAAAGAAAGAAAG